UCUCAAUUGCUCACUCCCGCAAUACCCUUGUCAGGCGUCAGGUGUGUGUGGUGGUGUCUGGUGUGGCGUCAGGUGUCUGGCCUGAACACCAGUGUAUCGUCACCUUUCCUUCACACACACACACACCUGCUAAGGCACCCUACACACACCUGUCACUGGUGUGUAAAGACAGGUGGUGUGAGGCAGCCCGGGGCACCCUGCUGACCACGUGGUUAUGGACACAAGUGAAGACUUGCCGCCGGGAGUCAGUAUGCUGGUAGUGAACGCUACACCGGCGCCUCGCAGAUGACUCAACCCUCACAACUCUACAUUUAAAUACUGCAGAAAAAAAGCAGGAAAAGCAGUGGCAGGACGGAGGGGUUACCGCUGAGUGUGGAGAAGUGCUGUUAGCGGGAGCAAGAGACCCACAGCGCCUGGUAUAAGCAGAAAUCGCAGAAACAAGAACGAAUAUUAGCACCAACAUCAGAAAAGCACCAUUAUAACACCACUGGUAGAGUGGUAGUGCCAGCCCCAACACCACAAGCAGCACCACAAGCAACAAUCAUGGUGAAGGCAGUGUACCGCGGACAAGGAACCAUCGACAAGCUGCCGGACAAGGUGCUAUUGAAGAUCUUCUCGUACCUGUCACAUCGGGAGAUCAUCGCUAACGUGCGGGUGUGCAAGAAGUGGAGGACCCUGGCAUAUAACACCAACCUCUGGAGCACCGUCUCCCUGAGGCCGGAGUGUAAUGGCCUCUAUGUCAACAGCAUCGAGGCUCUCCUCUACCUCAUCAGUGCAAGGUUCGGAGCCUCGCUCAGGUACUUGGAGAUGCCCAUGGACCUCAUCACCCACCCGGUGCUCCACGAGCUCACCGCCCGGUGCCCCAACCUUACCAACCUCCUCCUAGACUUCUCCUCCGCCAUGCAGCUCCAUGACUUCAAUGACAUGCAGGCGUUCCCGACCAAGUUGCGAACGAUGUGCAUCUGUCUCUCUGAGGUCAUCUUCAUGGAGGGCUUCAUGCGCAAGAUCUAUAACUUCAUCAACGGGCUCGAGGUCCUCCAUCUUGUGGGCACCUACGAAAAAGCUGACGAGGAGGAGGAAGAGAUCUACGAGGUGAUCAACAUCCACAAACUCAAGUCGGCCACUCCUAAUCUCAAGGUGGUCAACCUCUACGGCAUCAACUUUGUCGACGACUCCCACAUCGAGGCCUUCAGCUCCAACUGCAUCCAGCUAGAGUGUAUGGCUGUGAACUUCUGCUCCAAGGUGAACGGGUCGUCACUGAAAAUCCUUUUGAGCAGAUGCAAGAAACUCAAGUGCCUGUUGAUGCAGCAGUGCAGUCUGCAGAACGACCAUGUGAUGGCCGCUGAGUGGGAGAAGUCAUCCGUGCAGGAGCUGGAUGUGACAGCCACAGAUAUCUCCUCCGACUGUCUCAUCGAUCUGCUGACCCGCGUCCCAGCCAUACGUUGGCUCAGUGCUGGCCAACUUGAUUCCUUCACCGACAGUGUGCUGAAGGCGUGGACGGAACGGGGCAACCUCAAGAGUCUGAUUGCUCUCGACCUGGAGCUCUGUGACAACCUAACAGAGGAGGGCCUCUACAAGUUCCUGGCACGGUAUGGUCAGAAUUUGCGGGGCCUAGUCCUCUCUGGGAUACCGCACUGUACAGAUUCGCUCUGCUCCAAUGUUAUGCCUGCACUCAAGAACAUCAGGAUCUUGCGAAUGGGUCUGUCUGAGAACUUAGCCUACCGGAUGAUGGGUAAGAUCCAUGUGGAUGGCCUGCUGGACAACAUCGCCACUUACGGCCAAAACAUGGAGCGAUUGGAGAUCUCCUGGGAUCCAGACUCUCUUCGGUUCUCAGACAAGAGCCAGAAGGCCAUUGACACCAUGCGGGUCAGGUGCCUUAGACUGAAGUGCCUCGUACUAGCGGAUGGCAAGUACUACGAGAUUGUCAAGGCCAACUUUGAGCGAGCAGAUCGCACCACAGUGGUCCGGACCUCCACCAACUGCUGCGUUUCUAUAGUUUACCUCCUCACUCACUACAAGGACCUCAUCUUCAACUAGCAGUCAUUGCCUCCAGAACAAAAAAGUGCUAUGGGGAACCACCAGGCCGAACUGAUGAUAAAACAAGUAGUACAGAGAUGUAGAGACAAAACAGAUAAUAAGAGACAGGAAGAAAGAGGAAAGAUAUCAACAGAGGAAAGAAAGUGGAAAUAUCACAACGGAGGAAAGAAAUCAAAUGAGGAAGGAAAGUGGAAAUAUCACAACAGCGGAAAGAACGAGGAAAGAUAUCAACAGAGGAAAGAAAGAUGAAAGAUAUUAAACAAAAUAGGAGGUGAAGGAUAUUUGAGAUAAAGAUGAAGACAAUAGAAGAUUCUGAAAACAAAUAUUACUAAGAGAGCUAAUGUGAAAAGAGGAGAUACAAGAGAAAGAGGAGAGAAAGGACUGGAAAAGAAAAUGAGAGGAAUGAAGAGAGUACAAUGAAUGUUUGUACUUCUCACCAGCCUUCACUCUUGUACCCCAGGUGAUGCCAUUGCCAACCUUUAUUCUUGUACCCUGAGUGAUAUUUUCAUUAACCUUCACUCUUAUACCCCUAAAUAAUGUCCUUGUAACCUUCACUCUUGUACCUCAGGUGAUGUCCUUGUAGCCUUCACUCUUGUACCCCUAAAUGAUGUCCUUGUAACCUUCACUCUUGUACCCCUAAAUGAUGUCCUUGUAACCUUCACUCUUGUACCCCAGGUGAUGUCCUUGUAACCUUCACUCUUGUAACGAUAGAUGAUGUCCUCGUAACCUUCACUCUUGUACCCCAGGUGAUGUCCUUGUAACCUUCACUCUUGUACCCCAGGUGAUAUCCUUGUAGCCUUCACUCUUGUACCCCAGGUGAUGCCAUGGUAACCUUCACUCUUGUACCCCUAGAUUAUGUCCUUGUAACCUUCACUCUUGUACCCCAGGUGAUGUCAUGGUAACCUUUACUCUUGUACCCCUAGAUGAUGUCCUUGUAACCAUCACUUAUGUACCCCAGGUGAUGUCCUCACCAACCUUCAUUUUCACUGUAUGUGAUAAAUUUUUACCCAAAUCCUCAAUAAAUGUUAUUUAUAAAUAUA